AGAAUCGGAUACAGAACUCAGUUUGCCAGCUACUGGUGAUUUUUCCUGUGGGGUUUCACUGGCCCCCGAGGACCUGGCGGUGCGAAUCGAUAUGAAAAUGGCGCAGAUGAUUCACCAGCAUUGGAAGGAUUCCGUCAUGGCCCGUCAGAAGGAAGAGGCCUUGUCUUACCAGCUUUUGCAAGAAGACGCGAGGUCCCAGUUUAUGAUGUCCGAGGACUACCAAGCAGCGGACAGGCCUUCGUUCUCGCAAAACCGCGGCCCCCCCAGACCCGGUAGUGCCUCUAAUGCCACGCCGGGCCGCCGGCAGCAGUGGACGUCCAUGCCGGUGUCUCUGCUGCUGGGCCCCAGCGUCGACGAGGAUCUGUGGGAUUCUCCAUACGCGCCCAGCUACAGGCAGAGUCAGGGGCAGCCCUCAUCGCUGCUGGACAUCAUGUCAGAGGAACUGGCCUCCCAGCUGAGCAGGGAAGAGGGAGGAGGAAAAAGAACGAGGACAAAAAAAGACGCGUCGGCUAAGUUGAAAGAACAGAAGUUGUUCGAGCUUUUCCCGGGCAUCGAUCGUCAGUUUCUUAUGGAUGUCUACAGAGAUCAUGAUUACUCCCUGGAUAGCACGCAGCAGUUCCUGAGCUCCGUUCUGGCCACUGACACCAGCCCAGCCCGCACGGUGGUGGCCUCCGACGUGUAUAGCGAGAACGAGCGGCAGGAACUGCGGACGGCUCUACGCCUCAGCCUGCAGGAGCACGCGCUACACGGUACCGGCGGCGCCGGUAUUCCUGCCACCUCUUCACCCUCGCAGUCCGUCGCAGGGCCCCGAGCGCCAGACAGCGAUGACGCCGCCUUCCAGGACAUGGAAGCGCCGGACUACGCCGACUUCCGCGCAGAAGCCUUCGCGCACCACCAGCGGCGGAGAGAGUGCUUCCAGCGGGCGGCCGAGGCAUGCCACCGGGGAAUGCGCGAUGUCGCCAUGCACUACGCACGCCAGGGCCACCUGCACGGUGAGAAGAUGAAGGAGGCGAAUGCGCUUGCGGCACAUGCCAUCCUGCAGCAGCGGAACAUGGCGCUGCUCCCGCACAGCAUCCUUGACCUGCAUGGACUUCACGUGGGCGAGGCCACAGCCGCCCUGGCCGACGUCCUCGAGCAGCGACAGAGAGAGUGCCAGGGCCAGGGAAAGUCAAGCGUUCUGUCAGUCAUCACGGGCCAAGGGAACAACAGCCGGGGAGGAGUGUCCCGGCUCAAGCCAGCCGUGCUCGACUACUUGCGGAAAAAUAAGUACAGGUGGGACGCGUCCCCCUCGUUCGUUGAUUGUUUAUGGCCACAAUGCGAAGAAGGCCCGUCGCGGACGUAUUCAUUCAUGUGUGAAAUAACGACGCCCGUGAUUAAAUCGCCGGAAAUGCUCCCGAUCUCAUCAGAUCUGGAAAGCUCAGCAGGAUUGGGGUUGAGCCUGGAUAGUGCAUCCGUCAGUUGCCACCGUUGCUGCCAGGUUUUUGUUGGUUGCGGCUGCCGUGCUAUGGGGGGGUGGUCAUCGGAGCGCAAGGCAGCAAAAUCCAUUAUUGCACUUUACUUUCACGUUCCCAUAUCUAUGCUCAACUUCUCCUACCCACACCGGUCCAGGAACCCUCAUGACCAAUCAUGAUGCGUAUGGGGCAGACUCCAUUCAGUCCUGGAUUGACAAAGGGUUGUGGGUAAAACUAUUGAAGCCCAUAAACUGGUAGCCACAUUGUCCUCUCCAAUGUGGCAUAGAGCUACGGAACCACAUGUUUUUGCACACCCAAGCUCCAAACGAGCAUUUCCCCAAGCUUCAUUGCUUGGUACCCCUCCCAUGGUGCAGCUUUUCAUGAUUACAAGUCAUUGGGUGUGUGCAAUAUGUGAUGGAUUAAUUUAAAUUGCAUAUCAGUGGAAUAUAUUGGUAAAAUGUGGAAAGGCUUGCCUUUGAGGGUUGCUAGGCCUGACAUUUUUUUGAACACUUGUAUACAAAAUCCCCUUAUUAUUUAUCCACUACGGUCUUUUGUUUUAUCUCAAACCUUGAGCUGAACUUAACCACUCGCUAUUCGGAACGUCAACUGCCGUACUUACCAAAUCGACAAAUGGUCAGCAGUGGUAUCGGAUCCUCUGUGUCAAGUGUCGUUUUGGCACUUGCUUGAAAAGAAAGCGACAAUUGAAGUGCUGUCAUGAGUUAUGGUUUGAUCGCACAGCUAUGCUAUUGAAGCUUAAAGCAGAGCUCUGUACCAGCGGAGGCAGGUGGUUGCAAUACGCCGACUGGACCCUUUGAAGUGCUUGCGUAAUACAGUCAACGGUAAAGCAUUUUAGAAUUGCUUCACAAGCCGCCACGUCCAUAUAUUUUGCUGUUGACCGGGACCCCAAGGGAUGACUUGGCUGCCAGUGGAAGACUUGUACAGCAAGUAGUUUUUUUGACCUGUGUGCAGAUGUUGAAUGUUUGUCCUCUCGUAUCAGUGAAUUAUCUUUGGGCAUUCUGGUCACCUUCAGAGACUUUAUAUGGAAAGCCACACGCUAUAAGAAAGAUCCUUCUGAAAAAAUACUCGGGAGGGGUUUUGGCAACAAAUGAAGAAGUUUUGAUUUAAAGCUUUCGUGACUGCAGUAAUUCAUAUUCUUAGUUUUUUCGGUAAAGUCACGUUGAAGAGAAACAACAAAAUAAUAAAAUAUAUA